AUGCUUGGAGCAACAAUAUUAUGUGUGCUAUUAUUAUUAAUGGUAAAAUGUGAAGAAUCACCUGGCGUUGAACCACAAAAUCCUCGAAAUUUAGAACCAAUUCCAAGUUUAUUUAGUUUAAAUACAUGCCAGUAUUUAAGAAAUGUUUCGGAUGUUGAAACAUUAAAUCGACAUCAAUUUGAAAUUCUCGAACAAUGCUUGUAUUAUUAUUUGGCAGCAGAAGCACAACGAAAAGCGCAAUAUUUCAAUGCAAUUCAGGCGCUUUCUGCUUUUCCGCCAGAAGCCGCCAAUGCAAGAGGAUCGAGAGUUAAAUUAUUUUUUCAUCAAAUAACACUACAACAUUUUGUUAUGAAUGAAUUCCUAAAAGAAUUAAAUAUUAAUGGUUAUAUCAGUGUAUUCUGGGAUGAUAGUCGACUUAGCUGGAAUGAGGAACAUUGGAAAUUAAAAAAAAUGGAAAUUAAUUCUGUCAAUCAUAUUUGGAUUCCAAUGCUUACCGCACAAACAUUUGAUACAGCAGUUCGUAACGGUGAUUUAAUGGAAAUACGACGUGUAUCAAUAAAUAGCACUGGUACCAUUCGUGCUAUCAUUAAUUUUUCACUUCGAACAUUUUGCGAUGAUUCAGAUUUCAAAAAUUUUCCAAAUGAUAUGUACAAAUGUUGCUAUCAAAUUGAACCACAUAUGAAUCAGGCUGGAAUCGAAUUUAUCACAUCAGGUCGACCGGUUUUUACGGAUGGAAAAUAUUUUCGUGAUUAUGGUUGGUAUAUUUCUGGUAGCACACCAACUGUUCAAAUAAUGCAAGAUUCACAAAUACCACAGCUUGGUUUUUGCUUAAAUUUAAAACGCUCAUCAAAUUCAUUGCAUAUUGAAUUAUCAUUACCAAAUAUAAUUACAUCAAUUCUUUUCCUUUUAACACCAUUACUUGGACAAAUUAAUUUACAAAUAUUUGCAAAAAUGUUUGUUCUUUUCCUACAAUUUUCAACGCUUCAACUCUAUUCGAUGCUUAUUUCACCGCAUCUUAGCUCAUCUGCUUCAACACCAAAUAUACUACGAUUUUUGGAAUUUGCUACAAUAAUUAAUACAUUCAGUAUAUCAGUUUCAAUUAUCUUAUGGAUGUGUUGUAAAAUUCGUCGAAAUCUUCCACCAUGGAAUUGGCUUAUAAGAACAUCAGAGCUUAUCAAUCGAUUUAUUUGUGUGUUUAAUUCAACAGAUAAUUGCAUAUCACUGAAUGAUAAUGAUAAAUCAUCAACAGCAAAUGGUUAUCAGGAAGAUUGGACAAAUGCAUUUAUUGCUAUUCAUGGCGUUGCUGUAUUUGUCUUAUCACUUAUCUUUAUUCUUGGUUACUUAAUGUUAUCAUAA